CCGCUCAUCUCUGCCACGUCAUCAACCGCGUCCGCCACGUCAGCUACGGCCUCCUCGUGGCCAAUCGCGUGGCAGCAGUCGCGGCACAGCAAGGGAGCAUCGUUGAAUCACUGAACGCCACCGUAGCAGCCAGCUCAGCUGCCACCUCAGCUGCCACCUCAUCAGCGGAAGAAAGGGAUCCUCUGGACGACCUGCUGCUGCUGAUUGCUGCCAAGGCGAGGGAAACGGGGCGGGAAAUUCUUGCAGCCAAUGGGAAUGCGACACGUGUGCGGUCGUUGCAGUCGCACGUUUGGCCAAACAGGGGUCGUUCAGGCUGCCAUAACCUCCCCAGCAGUAUCCCCGCCGCCUUUCACAAUCCCUCCAGCUCCCAGCAGCCCCAUGGGGGUUCUAUGGAUGUUGGGGGGGAGGUGUUUAUGGUGCGGCCAGUGGUGAGCAUGCACGUGCGGCUGAGCGACAAGGGGUCGGAGAUGGGUCUGCACCCUCUGCCGUCAUUCCUUGUGAUGGCAUCCAGGCUGAGACAGCAUCGGCCAGACCUGAGGCACGUUUGGCUGAGCACUGAAGUACAGUCUGUAAUCGACGAAACGAACGAUCAUCCCGACUGGACGUUCUUCUACACCAACAGCUCCCGAGUGAACAGUGCGGAGCAAAUGAAGGACGCGCACGAAAAUGCGCGACAACCUAUGGGGAUUAUUUUUGCCAACCUGCUCAUUACAUCGGAAUGCGAUUACUUUAUUGGAUCGUUGGGGUCGAAUUGGAACAGGCUUAUAGACGAAUUGCGCAGUACGAACGGAAGGCUGUACGCAGGUCUAAUAUCUUUCACUUUCGGACUGUAAGACUUCACGAAGAGUAC